AUGUUUUUAUGGGCUUCACUUGAACACUUGAAAGUUCAUGCAAAGAAGAAGCCACAUUCAUGUCAUUUGUGUGGUAAAAGUUUUUUGCAUCUACAAAGUUUGAAACAACAUCAGAAAAUACAUACUGGUGUGAGAGAGUACAUGUGCUUUGAGUGUGAAAAGACUUUUAGUUCAGUGAGCAGUUUAAAACUACAUGAGAAGAUCCACACUGGAGAGAAACCUUACAAGUGUUCACACUGUGACAAGAGAUUCAGUCAGACAAAAGAUCUGAAAACACAUGAGAGGAUUCACACUGGAGAGAAACCUUACAAGUGUUCACACUGUGACGAGAAAUUCAGUCAUCCAUCAAAUCUGAAAACACAUGAGAGGAUCCACACUAGAGAGAAACCUUACAAGUGUUCACACUGUGACAAGAGAUUCAGUCGGUUAACACAUGAGAGGAUCCACACUGGAGAGAAACCUUACAAGUGUUCACACUGUGACAAGAGAUUUAGAGAUUCAUCACAUCUAAAAAGACAUGAGAGCAUUCACACUGGAGAGAAACCUUACAAGUGUUCACACUGUGAAAAGAGAUUCAGUGAUUCAAUACAUCUGAAAACACAUGAGAGCAUUCACACUGGAGAGAAACCUUACAAGUGUUCACACUGUGACUGGAGAUUCAGUCGUACAGGAAAUCUGAAAAGACAUGAGAGGAUUCACACUGGAGAGAAACCUUACAAGUGUUCACACUGUGACAAGCGAUUCAUUCAGUCAACAGAGCUGAAAACACAUGAGAGGACCCACACUGGAGAGAAACCUUACAAGUGUUCACACUGUGACGAGAAAUUCAGUCAAUCAUCAAAUCUGAAAAGACACAAGAGGAUUCACACUGGAGAGAAACCUUUUAAGUGUUCACACUGUGACAAGAGAUUCAGUCAGACAAGAGAUCUGAAAAGACAUGAGAGGAUCCACACUGGAGAGGAACCUUACAAGUGUUAA